AUGUUUGUAGAAGAAGCGUGUAGCACGCCUGGUUCUUCUACUACCGCUGCAUCUGACACUGCAGAAUCGAAGCAGCCUCCUUCCCCUGGCGUUACUACCAAUGGAGAGGCACCCGUUAAGGAAGAAGAGGAAGAGGAGAGGAAGGAACCAAUUUCGGCGAUCAUGGUAGAACCUGAGACGAUGAAAAAGGAUGGAAAGGAGUACAAAGCUGAGGAGCUGUCUAAAUUGAGCGCCAACAACGCCGGGUCUGGCACCCCAUCGCAGCCUGCUGAGCGAAGACAGUAUCUGACCAACAAGCUACAGACAGCUUUGGAAACAACUGCACCUUUGUUGCGAGAAAUUAUGGGUGAUUUUCGGUCAUUUUUCCAGAAAACCUUGCUUGGCACGCAUGGACAAGAAAUUAUGAACGACAGCAAAGUUCUGGAAACACUGAAGAAUCGUCAAGGAUCAGUAAUUGAGCUUGUGAUGCUGUUGUGUUCGCAAGAAUGGCAGACAUCAUUACAAAAGCAUGCUGGAUUGGCUUUCAUUGAGCUGGUCAAUGAAGGUGGGUUGUUUUAUGGAUUUCCAAAUAAAAGAAGAUAAUU